GUACUCUACUCAAAAACAUGGAAUUUAACGAGAAAUAUAAACGUAAAUUGUUUUGAAAUGAUCAGACGUAUAGAAAAUAGAAUACUCAGUUUAAAAUGGAUUUGAUUCUUUUGUUCUCAAACUUGUUUUGAACUCAUUGAAUUCAGCACAAUAUUUGCCGUUCUCUUAUUGGCUGCAAUGAACGUGCGAAAAGGCGCGCAAACUAACGCGAACUGUGUUUGACUGUCAUGUCGAGGAAGAGCGAUUUUUUUUAAAUAUUAUUUUUUUCAAGAAUCGAAUUUUAAUGUGUAUUAAUUACCGAAAUGGUUAAUGACGUAAAAGAAGAGGGAACUUCGGAUCCAAAGGAUUUGGAGGAGAGUGUCAGCAAGAAACCGCGGAUAGAGAAUGAGACGAGGUCCACUAAAAUUGAAAAAAUUGAUUUGCCAACGAAACCGAAAUCAGAGAAAUGCGUCAAUUGCAUGCAGUUUAUUGAUGAGGUUGUCUUGUAUGAGGGCCAUCCGAAUAAUUCUGUGGAAGAGUAUGUGGCUCUGACUAAUGAGAAACUGUUGCUCUUCACUGGCAAUGAAACCCACAUGGAUCAGCACGAUGAGAGACCAACAAAUAAGAUUACUCAUUUUAACAUAUAUGGGAAAUGUGGACACUUGUGUGCUUUUGACAGUGGACUCAUUGAGACAAAUAAGCUGAUCUAUUUCUCUGGUUAUGUGAAAGCUGUUUAUGAGGAGGAUGACAAUCCUGAUGGAGGAAUUGCAGCUCAUGAUUUGGGUCCUAUCAAUGCUUGGUACACAGCAGGAUAUGAUGGAGGUGAAAAGGCUAUUGUUGGCUUUAGCACAGGUUAUGCUGAGUAUUACUUGAUGGCCCCAGCAGUCCAGUAUGAACCACUGAUGACCAUAGUUAACAGCAAGAUUUCCCUCUCAAAACUUGUAAUAGAAUUCCUAUUGGAUGAGAAUUGGCAGUCUCCAACCUAUGAAGACUUAUUGCAAAGGUUGGAAUCUUCAGGGAAUGAAGACUUGACUGAGGAAGCUUUAUUGAGGCAUGCCCAAUUUGUUUGUGAUCAAGUUGUUAGUUUUGACCAGGCAGCUGAUGAAGGAAAUGAGGAGAAACCAUUGAUUACAGCCCCAUGCAUGAGAGAUCUUGUUAAGAUUGCCGGAGUCACGUUUCGAAAACGGAAAGGCUUUAGAAAACUGGAUAAAGGACAAAUCAAAAGAAAAGUUAAGAAAGAAACUUGGAGCAAAGCUACGACAACGAAACUGGUUCGCGACGUGUUCGAGUCAUUCUUCCCAGAACAAAUUGCUGAUAAUAAAGUCGAACUGAAAGGACCUAAAAAGAAACGAUGCGGUGUAUGCGAGGCUUGUCAAUUACCUGAUUGCGGGUCAUGUAAUCAUUGCAAGGAUAUGCUUAAAUUCGGUGGUACUGGAAGAUCGAAACAAGCCUGUAAAUUAAGAAGGUGUCCAAAUAUGGCAAUCCAAGAUGCGGAAGAAUCUGAUAAUGAAGACAGUGCUGAUGUUGAACCGGAACCGGAAACUGAAGAGCCUUGUUCCAAGAGGAUAAUUCAUGAUGUUACAUGGGCAGAAGAAUCCGUGGAGAACUUCAAUGGAAGAAUUUAUUAUGAGAGUGCUGUAGUUGGUGAACAUAUUAUAAACAAUGAUGACUAUGUGAUGCUGAACUCGGCUGCGCCCGAUCAUCCCUUGGUUGUGGCCAGAGUGUGUUACAUGUGGGACCAAGAACCGGGGGGUCCCACUUUUCACGCACUCAUUUUUACCAGAGGUUCCGAUACCAUCCUUGGAGAAACUGCGGAUCCUCGAGAGGUUUUCUACACGGAUACUUGCGAGAAUUGUCCAUUGGGUAGCAUAGUUUGCAAAGCUGAGGUGCGACGACUUCCAUUUAGCUUUAACUGGUCUAGAAACUUUGAGGCAGGUCUAGCUCCAAUUUUAGAAGAUGACGGAAAGACUUUCCACUAUUCGAAGCAAUACGACCCGGAAAUGGGCAGAUUCGAAGACUAUUUAAUGUCCGACGAAGAGAAUCCUUCGCCGUGUCCGGCUUGCACUCGAAAGCACGACAAAAAUCAUUACAAUACACCAUUCCCGUACGAGAAUGGCAUUUUUUGGCGUGGACAUCGCUUCCUGGUCGGUUCUUGCGUUUACCUGAAUCCUGACGUUUUUAAGUUUGAAAGUGUUCAUGAUUUCUCAGAUGCAGAUGACAAUAAGGAAAUGGAAGACGAAGAAUUGUAUCCGGAAUAUUAUAGGAAAACUUCUGAAGUUAAAGGUUCUAACAAUGAAACUCCGUUACCUUUCUGCAUAGGAAUGAUUGAAGAGCUGAAUACAACUGAAUUGACCAUUGAAGUUAGAAAGUUUUACAGACCUGACAAUAUUAAUAUCGGCAUGUUUUUGUCCUACCAAUCUGAUUUAAAUCAGAUCUUUUACAGCAGCGAACUGAUCUCUCUGCCGUUCAAAGAAGUGACUGGUAAAUGUUUCAUAGUUUACGGCGAUAAUUUGGAUAUGGAAGCGAGCGAAUGGAUUACGAAAGGACCAGAUCGCUUCUACUUUAGGCAAGCUUACAACGCGAAAACUAGGUCCUACGACGACGUACCGUCGAUGGCGAUGAAGAUCGGUCAUCCGAAAAAAGGAAAGGGCAAAGGGAAGGGUAAAAGCAAGUCUGCGGAUUCCGUGCAUUUCGAUUAUCCUCCAAUGUGGGAACAUCUGGAGGUACCAAUGAGGACGAUGGACAUAUUUGCUGGCUGCGGCGGUCUGUCCGAGGGCCUCCAUCAAAGCGGUGUGGCCGAUACUCUAUGGGCUAUUGAGAAGGAACCCGCCGCAGCUCAGGCGUACAAAUUGAAUAAUCCAACCACCAAAGUAUUCACAGACGAUUGUAAUUCCAUACUGAAACAAGUCCUCGAAAAUGCCGACUCCGGAGUAUAUCCGAGACGCGGCGACGUCGAGCUCCUUGUGGGAGGUCCUCCGUGCCAAGGUUUUUCGGGGAUGAAUCGUUUCAACGCCGGACAGUAUUCGCUUUUUAAAAACUCUUUAAUCGUUUCUUAUUUAUCUUAUUGUGAUUAUUAUAGACCAAAGUAUUUUAUCUUAGAGAACGUAAGGAAUUUUGUGUCUUUUAAAAAGAGUCUGGUUUUAAAGUUAACUCUAAGAUGUUUGCUUGCUAUGGACUAUCAAGUGGCAUUUGGCGUUCUGCAAGCUGGUCAUUACGGCGUUCCUCAGACUCGCAGGAGGCUUAUUAUUAUGGCAGCGGCACCUGGCUACAAAUUGCCACAAUAUCCAGAACCUCUUCAUGUUUUUAAUAAAAGAGGAUGUCAGCUUUCCGUUGUAGUUGGUGGACGACGAUACAGCAAUGGAACGAAGUGGAUUUCAUCUGCACCGUUGCGUACGAUCACAGUUCGCGAUGCCAUGGCCGAUUUGCCAGAUAUUAAGAAUGGUGCAUCCAAACAUGAGAUGAUGUACGACAAUGACCCAAUGUCACAUUUCCAAAGAAAAAUCCGUGGCGGGGCGCAAUCCGUAUUGAAGGAUCACAUUUGUAAAGAUAUGGCGCCCCUCGUUGAGGCUAGGAUGGCUCAUGUACCGCUGGCGCCUGGGAGCGACUGGAGGGAUUUACCAAAUAUCGUCGUAAAAUUGAGGGAUGGGUCUUUCGCUAACAAACUGCGAUAUUCCUACAAAAGUAAGAAGCAAACCAAAACACAACCGAAAGGAGUGUGCCAAUGUUCGACGGGGCGUUCCUGCGAUCCCUCCGAUAGGCAAUUCAACACGUUGAUCCCCUGGUGCCUGCCUCACACGGGCGAUCGACACAACCAUUGGGCAGGUCUUUACGGACGCCUCGAAUGGGACGGUUUCUUCUCAACGACAGUUACCAAUCCCGAACCAAUGGGAAAGCAAGGACGAGUAUUGCAUCCCGAUCAGCAUCGCGUCGUUAGCGUAAGGGAAUGCGCACGUUCCCAGGGUUUCCCAGACCGGUAUCAAUUCAGCGGUAGUAUUUUGGAUAAACAUCGACAAGUGGGAAACGCCGUUCCUCCGCCUCUGGGCGCCGCCAUUGGCAGGGAAAUCAGAAAGUCUGUCUUUAUGACGUAUAGACAAGUUUAAUUUAUAGAUUUUUUUUGUACAAAUGAUAAUAAAUAAAGUAAUCGAAUACUGA